UUUAUUUCCAAAUAUUUAUGUUCUUUUCCGAGUUCGGAUUUUCCAAGAAUUUUUAUGAGCUUCAUCACCCUUGCUCGACUUUUUUAGUUUGGUCGUCUGGUAGUUAUUUGAAGUUAUGUGCUUUGAAAUAGUUUUGGGUGUUUUGCGGUGAUUUCAGGCAACUGGUUUUGGAUUCUCUCUGUCUCUCUGUCUCUCUGUCUGAUCUCUCUCUCUCUCUCUCCAGCCGGUUUGAUAUUGUUUAUGGUUUGGUGAUUUGAACCCAAUUGCUCUGGGUGUGUUGGUUGGUUGAAACCUCCUCGGAUGAUAUUGCGUUGUUUGAACCGAAUCCUUCUCACUCUCUGGGAUUGAAUAUUUUCUUUCCAAGUCUAUAUAGGAUUGCCAGGGGUGAAUCGGCUUAGCUUGCUCUGAGUACUGUGUUUCAUUCAGGUUUUUGGCAAACAAAUGGCGAACAAUUUCAACUUUAGGAACUUCGGGACAGACCCACCAGGUGAGCCUAACGAACACGGAAGGCCGCCGGAAAACUUUCCGUUAACGCGGCAGCAGUCGAUCUACUCGUUGACCUUUGACGAGUUGCAGAACACCAUGGGGGGCAGCGUAGGCAAGGACUUUGGUUCCAUGAACAUGGACGAGCUACUCAAGAACAUUUGGAGCGCCGAGGAGACCCAAACCAUGGCCAACUUCUCCGCAGCUACCGCACCAGAAGGUACCGGAGGCCCACCUGCUGGCGCUGGGCACUUACAGAGGCAGGGUUCGCUGACGCUGCCCCGGACGCUGAGCCAGAAGACUGUGGAUGAGGUGUGGAGAGAUAUAUCCAAGGAUCAUGUGACUGGAAAUGGAAGCUCAAGUGUGCCCCAGAGGCAGCAGACUUUAGGGGAGAUGACUUUGGAGGAGUUCCUGCUCAGAGCUGGGGUUGUGAGAGAGGACAUCCAACUGGGUGCCAAGCCUAGUACCCCAGGGUUCUUUGGCAAUAGUGGUUUAGGAAUUGGGUUUCAGCAGACUGGUGGGGUUGCGGGAUUGAUUGGAAAUCGGAUUCCAGAGAGUAGUGAUAAUCAAUUUUCUAUUCACUCUUCGAAUUUGCCACUGAAUGUGAAUGGUGUCCGAUCGGAUCAGAUGCAGUUGUCGCGGCCUCAGCAGCAGCAGCAGCCCCAGAUUUUUCCUAAGCCGGUUACGGUGGCCUAUGCAACAAAUCAGAUGCCUCAGCUGGGCAGUCCAGGAAUGAGAGCAGGAAUUGUGGGGAUAAGCGAUCAAAGUUUGAGUAGUGGGUUGGUUCAGGGUGGAGGGAUGGGAACUGUUGGGUUAGGAGCCGGAGCUCUUAGUGCUGCGACAGGGUCGCCGGCGAACCAGCUGUCAUCAGAUGGGAUAGGGAAGAGUAACGGUGAUACGUCGUCAGUGUCGCCGGUUCCUUAUAUGUUUAAUGGUGGUUUAAGGGGGAGGAGGUCUAAUGGGGCUGUGGAGAAGGUAGUUGAAAGGAGGCAGAGGAGAAUGAUUAAGAAUAGGGAGUCAGCUGCGAGGUCUCGAGCUCGAAAGCAGGCCUAUACCAUGGAAUUGGAAGCUGAAGUUGCAAAGUUAAAGGAGGAGAACGAAGAAUUGCGGAAAAAACAGGAAGAAAUUACGGAAAUGCAAAAGAAUCAGUUGGGCCUUUUUAGGAUGAAACCUACGAGAAGGAAAAGAUAAAAGAUGGAAAAGCUUCAAGUUGGCUAUUGAGAGACUUUGUUAUUUUAAAAUAGUUCAUAGGAAGAUUAAAUUGCUGUUCAAAGAAGCCAGGAUUCACUCCUUCCCUCAAGUGGAUAGGGAAGUCUGAUGUGCUAAUUCAAUGUUGUUCAUUAUUUGCUAGAGAAAUGGGGGUUUUCUCACUAUUUUUGCCGGUCAAUGGGUGAAGCAUUUGGUUCCGUUCCUCGUUUCUGGUUUUUAGGCAUUCAUUGGCAUGGAAAAUAAAAGAUAAACCAUGAAGCAGGAAAACACUAGAGGAUGAAUUGUGGAGACUUCCCGUUGGGUUUAGUACCAUAUUCAUUGACCUCAUUGCUGAUAAAAUAUUUUUUCUUCAAAGAGAUAGAAAUGAUGCUGAUAACUCAACUUUACCAACAAAUGGUCGUUUCUCAUUUUUCUUUGUUGCUCGAGAGUCUUUGCAUCAGUCUGAUAUCAUCUGUUUGAGGACAUUUACCUUCCCAUGUCAAAUCACAAUGAUUUUUCCCAAAUAAUUAAGUUUUCAUAACUAAUACCAUUGUCUCUAGUGGUUGGUUCUUUUGGCCUUUUGUCCCAUCCUUGUGGAACUUCCAACUCCAAAUAAAUUUCAACUCUGCAGCCACUAGUCUUGGUUGCUCAUUAUGGAACAAUCUCAAACAACUUACUUUCAUCUAUCAUAUUUGCGUGCGACAUUACAUCAAAACCUUUUCAAAUUAUAAGGAUGCUGGGCCAAGUUUUCAGUUGUUAUUUUAUUGUAUCUUCUUUGGAAGAUUAUUAACUGCAUGAUAGAAUUUUUUUAUUGAAAAUCUACUGGAUUGUAGUGUGUAAAACAUAUUGUCAAGACACAUAGUCACUGAAUCUCCCUCCCUCUCUAUCCACAUCUAUAAUGACAUAGCCACUUCAAGGAUUUUUAAUUGAUUGAUUGCAACAACAACAACAACAAAAAAUGACUUUAUGAAAUUUUUUUGAAGUUUAAUUUUGGAUUUCGGUAAUA